GCCCCGCCUGCCUCCUCAUGCACUCCCUAUGGCUUCCUGGGGCAGAACUGUGCCCAGACGGGUGGGGCGGGGCCCAGCAGCCCCGACUUCUUCAGCCUUUUCUGUCCCUUUCAGUGGGGCCAGCAGGCUGCAGCGAAGAGGGUGCCCUUUACCUAGAGCCCCCCUACCGAGGCUCCCUCUUCCCAGCCCCGGCCCACUGAGUCUGGACCCAGCUUCCCUUAUCCCCACUUCUGAAUCCUGCCGUGUCCUGACCUUCCUGCCUGGUCUGAGUAGGGUCAUGGCCUUGAGGGCAGGUGACCACAGCCAGGUUGCAAUGAACGGGCUGAAGGAGAAGGUGCUGACGCUGGACACCAUGAACCCGUGUGUUCGGAAGGUGGAGUAUGCAGUGCGCGGGCCCAUUGUGCUGCGUGCCCUCGAGCUGGAGCAGGAACUGCGCCAGGGGGUAAAGAAGCCCUUCACCGAGGUCAUCCGUGCCAACAUCGGGGACGCGCAGGCCAUGGGGCAGAAGCCCAUCACCUUCCUGCGUCAGGUCCUGGCCCUCUGCGUCCACCCUGAUCUCCUGAAGAGCCCCGACUUCCCCGAGGAUGCCAAGAGAAAGGCUGAGCGCAUCUUGCAGGCGUGUGGGGGACACAGCCUGGGGGCCUACAGCAUCAGCUCCGGCAUCCAGCUGAUCCGGGAGGAUGUAGCUCGCUACAUCGAGCAGCGCGAUGGAGGCAUUCCCGCAGACCCCAACAACAUCUACCUGUCCACCGGGGCCAGCGACGCCAUCGUGACGGUGCUGAAGCUGCUGGUGGCGGGAGAGGGUCCCACCCGCACAGGCGUGCUCAUCCCCAUCCCUCAGUACCCGUUGUACUCCGCAGCGCUGGCCGAGCUCAACGCUGUGCGGGUGGACUACUACUUGGAUGAGGAGUGCGCUUGGGCCCUGGACGUGGCCGAGCUGCGGCGGGCCCUGUGCCAGGCGCGUGAUCAUUGCUGCCCACGCGCACUCUGCAUUAUCAACCCUGGCAACCCCACUGGGCAGGUGCAAGCCCGCGAGUGCAUCGAGGCGGUGAUUCGCUUUGCCUUCGAGGAGCGCCUCUUCCUCAUGGCUGAUGAGGUGUACCAGGACAACGUGUAUGCGGAGGGUUCGCAGUUCCACUCAUUCAAGAAGGUGCUCACAGAGAUGGGGCCGCCUUACGCGACGCAGCAGGAGCUCGCCUCCUUCCACUCCGUCUCCAAGGGCUACAUGGGAGAGUGCGGGUUCCGCGGCGGCUACGUGGAGGUGGUGAACUUGGACGCCGCCGUGCAGCAACAGAUGCAGAAGUUGCUGAGCGUGCGGCUGUGCCCACCGGUGCCGGGCCAGGUCCUGCUCAGCAUGGUGGUCAGCCCGCCCGCGCCCUCUGACCCCUCCUUCGCGCAGUUCCAGGCGGAGAGGCAGGCGGUGCUGGCCGAGCUGGCAGCGAAGGCGAAGCUCACGGAGCAGGUUUUCAACGAGGCUCCCGGCAUUCGGUGCAACCCGGUGCAGGGUGCCAUGUACUCCUUCCCUCGCGUGCAGCUGCCCCCGCGCGCCGUGCAGCGUGCUCAGGAGCUGGGCCUGGCCCCCGACAUGUUCUUCUGCAUGCGUCUUCUGGAGGAGACCGGCAUCUGCGUGGUCCCCGGGAGCGGCUUCGGGCAGAGGGAAGGCACCUACCACUUCCGGAUGACCAUUCUGCCCCCCAUGGAGAAGCUGCGGCCUCUGCUGGAGAAGCUGAGCCAGUUCCACGCCAAGUUCACCCGAGAGUACUCCUGAGCACCCCCCUCCCUUCAGGGCCAGGCCGGGCCGGCAGGGCCGACCCUGGACUUACCAUGGCCAGGGCCCUGGGGGUCUCUGGAGCCCUCUGGACUUGCUCCUGCUGCCUGCGGGGCCCUAAUAAAGCUAUGAAGCAGUCUGACUACAUGGAAGACGGCUGUGUGCACACACCUGUACGAGCCUCCCCUGCCUUUGUCCGCUCCUGACUUCCUUUCUGAGCCAGCCAGGCUUCUGUGCAGGCCGGGGGACCCAGCCCCGGGGACCCAGCCCUGGGCAGGACGUUCGUCAGCCUUAGGGAGGAGUGGCCAAGGAGAGCUCCCAGAGGAGAUGACCACUGCCGAUGCAGUGCCUCUCACGGGCUGGGUCUCCGCUGUGGUCUCUGCUCUUGACGCAGACACUGGCAAACUCCUCGUAAAAACUAGGAAGGGCAAGAGGCAUGAAGGGAGGCACUAGGUUGGGAAUGAAGCCGGGCAAAGAAACACGGGUGCUGAGUGCCAGGGGUGGCCACAUCUGAAAAAGGAGCCUAAGGAAGAUACACGAGCCAGGUGGCCUGGCUUCCCCCCCCCACCCCGGAGCACACUGAGCUGGAAGGUGGGUUUGGCUGGUGGGUGAGCAGCAGGAAGCGGAGUCUCAGGACUUGGGAGGAGGGCUUGGUUUCCUCCUGUGGGCAGAUGGCACGGUGCUGCCACCUGAGGCUGCUGGAGGAGCAGCCGUGCCAGGAGUGG